CGUUUCGAAAACACUGAGAGUUAUCACCGUUCACUAAUGGCGGCAAUUUCUCUCUCCUCUCCAACUCUCACACGCACUCACUUCCGAUUCUCUCACCCCCAUAUCCAAUCACGUCACUUCCCGCCAUUUUCUCUCUCUUCAGCUCACCUCCUCCGCCGGACCACCAGGAUCCGAUUCUCAAACCCGAAGCCGAAUUGGGCGCUCGCAGCAUAUGUAACUGGACCUGCUUCAGAUUACUCGGUUUCCGACCCGGACCCGAAAAUCGAGGGUUCUGGGAGAGAGAAAGUUAAACCAGAGGAUGCGAUUAGUUGGGGAACUUUAUGGAGUUUGUUGGUGGACCAAAAAUGGCGGCUUGCUCUUUGCGUUUCUGCUCUUGUUGGGGGUACUACCUGUACUCUUUCCAUGCCUCUUUUUUCAGGGAGAUUUUUUGAAGUACUUUCUGGAACGACACCCGAGCCGUUGUGGAAAAUAAUGAGCAGAAUUGCAGUUGUAUACGCGUUAGAGCCAAUUUUUACUGUGAUAUUUGUCAUAAACAUGAACAAAAUUUGGGAGAAGGUUAUGUCUGUUUUAAGAGCUCGGAUUUUCCGGAGGAUGCUAAUUCAAAAGGUGGAGUUUUUUGACCGCUACAAGGUUGGGGAACUGACUGGAUUGUUGACCUCUGAUUUGGGGUCUGUUAAAGACAUUGUCAGUGAAAAUGUUUCAAGGGACAGGGGAUUCAGAGCUCUCUCCGAGAUUGUUGGAACUAUGUGCAUCCUGUUCAUUCUUUCACCACAACUCGCACCAAUUUUGGGUUUUCUGAUGCUUGUUGUCUCCAUUUUAGUAGCUGUGUACAAGCGAUCAACUAUGCCUAUCUUUAAAGCUCAUGGAUUGGCGCAGUCAUCAAUGUCUGAUUCCGUGACAGAAACAAUUUCUGCCAUUCGCACUGUGAGAUCUUUUGGCGGGGAAAAGCGCCAAAUGUCAGCAUUUGGUAACCAGAUUCUCGCAUAUAAGGCUAGCGGGAUUAAGCUGGGGACUUACAAAUCCAUUAACGAAUCAGUGACCCGAGUUGCAGUUUAUGUAUCUUUACUGGCCUUGUAUAUCCUCGGAGGAAACAAAGUUAAAGCGGGUGAACUCUCGGUCGGAACUGUGGUUUCUUUCAUUGGAUAUACCUUUACUCUGACGUUUGGUGUUCAAGGCCUGGUUUAUACACUGGGAGAUCUACGUGGGGCUUUUGCUGCUGUUGAGAGGAUUAAUUCGAUCCUCUCAGGGUCAGAAAUUGAUGAAGCUCUUGCUUAUGGUUUAGAAAGACAGAUUCAACCAAAAGAUGUUCAGGAUGAAAAGUUUCAAUUGUUUACUGUCAAUGGAUUUGAUGAGAAGCAGCAGUCUAAUCACGGGCGUUACAUGUCAGCCUUGGGCACUUCAAGCAACUUGUAUAACAUAGCCGCGUCUGGUGAUAUUUGUCUUGAAGAUGUCCACUUUUCUUAUCCCUUGAGGCCUGAUGUUGAGGUCCUUAAUGGUCUUAACCUUACAUUAAAGGGUGGAACUAUUACUGCCCUUGUGGGCUCAAGUGGUGCAGGAAAGAGCACUAUUGUGCAAUUGCUGGCACGGUUUUAUGAGCCAACCAGCGGACGCAUAACUGCGGCUGGAGAAGAUGUUAGGACAUUUGAUAAAAGUGAGUGGGCUCAAGUUGUCUCAAUAGUGAAUCAAGAUCCAGUACUCUUCUCCGUAUCUGUUGCAGAGAACAUUGCAUAUGGUCUACCUGAUGCUAAUGUAUCUAAGGACGAUAUAGUAAAAGCAGCAAAAGCCGCUAAUGCUCAUGAAUUUAUCAUAUCACUUCCACAGGGUUAUGACACUUUAGUAGGAGAGCGUGGAGGUCUACUAAGUGGGGGACAAAGGCAGAGAGUCGCUAUUGCUCGAGCACUUCUAAAAAAUGCUCCUAUUUUGAUUUUAGAUGAGGCCACAAGUGCGUUGGACGCAGUUAGUGAGCGUUUGGUCCAGGAUGCUUUGAAUCAUCUUAUGAAAGGAAGAACAACAUUGGUAAUAGCUCACCGGUUAAGCACAGUCCAGAAUGCCCAUCAAAUUGCAGUCUGUUCUGAUGGGAGGAUUGCAGAGCUUGGGACACACUAUGAAUUGGUGUCACAAAAUGGCCAAUAUGCUUCAUUAGUAGGGACCCAGAGGCUUGCGUUUGAGUAAAUUUUCGGUUCCAAGAUAUUGUCAUCAGUGCUGUCAUUUUCUGUUAUAAAUCACUGCUGGAGGAGAUAUGCUUCUUUUUUAAAUGGAUACCGCAAUUACAAUGAUUACAAGAUAAAGAACUAUGAAAAGAUGUCAAACAAUAGUUACAACUGGCCGUUGAUUCCAAUUGCUAUUAGAUAGGCGAAAAGUCUGGAACACUGCAUUUUUGGUUGCUGGUUGCAGAAGAUUUUAAGGAUGAAGGAGAUGAACUUUGGUCGUGCUUGAAGUACGAUGCUCUUUCUUCUCUCUUUUUUCAUGUACAAGUUUGUAAUUUGGUGUUGUGAUUUUGGUGCUCAAGUGUAAAGAAUAUAUAUUCUGUACACGGUAUAUGAGGUAACAGGUUAUUGUUUUA